AUGCUCGUCAAGGCUUCCACUUCUACCUUGGCUGCGGCCACACGCAAUGCAGUCUUGCUUCCUAGCACCUCCACUGCCGCCACCGUCGCUGCUACCCGCACAUACACCUCGACUCGAGCAUCGUCAGCACCCGCAACCUCGUCCUCGAGCAAGAAAGCGACGAACAAGGCCAACCCACUCCUCCACACGUCACAGCUCUCGCCCAGCGCUCCACCUCCCUCUGAGAAGCCCUACUCCCCUCUCACCGUCGCCAUCGUCAAAGGUCUCGCUAAAUUGAUGGGCUACAAUUCUCUCACCUCCACCUCUAUCCGUGUCACAUCCGACCUCUACGAUCGCUGUGCCGAAAGAGCCCAUGUUGAGCGUAACUUCUGGUACGGCGACUGUGCAUUACCCGAAACCUACCAAUCCUGGUUCCAGAUCACCAACCUCCAUGUCUACCUCCUUCUCGCCCGUUUCCGUGCCUUUGACAAAACCGCCAACAAGACUUACAGUCAAGAGCUCAUCAACCAUUUCUUCAUCGACGCCGAAUCUCGUAUGCGUGAUCGAUUUGGCGUUCAAACCUCUCGACUCGUCAAAGGUUACAUGCGUGAUAUGCACAUGCAGCACCGAGGUUCCAUCUUGGCUUAUGAUGAGGGUUUGGCAGGUGGAGAUGCCAGAUUGGCUCAAGCUAUGUGGAGGAACAUUUGGGGUGCAGGCUGGGCUACUGUUGCUGGUGUAAAGCGUAAACUUGCUGGUGUCGACAAAUUGGCAGAGGGGGAGAAGGAGGAUCCUGAAGGACAACCUGAAUUGGCUCGUGAUGCUGCAACGUUGGAUCCUCGUAUUGCAAGUCGACCUAAUGCUAGUCCGUAUGCUCGUGCUGCAGCUGCUUCGCUUGCUGCUGAGCGAGGCAACGCAGAUCCUUCAACUUUGCCUCCUCAGGCGGAUAACCCUGCUACUAUGCCUGCUGCAGUCAACAUCCUUCCUGCAAUUGACCCGCUAGCUGCAUCCCACCCAGAGCUAGCUUUCCCUCAUCACCUUCACAGAAUCGUUACCUUCAUUCGUGCCGAAUCGCGCCGUCUUGCAAACCUCUCCGACAGGGAAGUCAUGCUCGGUAGGGUUGAACCCAAGUCGCCAGUUGCAGGUAGUCGCUCCGAAGAGGCGGCAAAGGCUACAUCCAGCAUCGCUUCCUUCCGUCGCAUCUAA